UUUAGAUUUUUUUAUAAAACCAUGCCCAAAUCCAAACGUAGCACUAUUGUUUCCUUGACCAAAACUGAUAAAAAGGGUCGUGAAGGAAAAGAAAAAUUAAUGGAAGAUAUCCAUGAAUGUGUUGAUAAAUACGAUUAUCUAUACUUAUACUCGGUGAAGGAUAUGCGUAAUACAUAUCUGAAAGAAAUCCGUCAUGAUUUUAAAGAUUCACGGUUUUUCUUUGGUAAGAAUCGAGUGAUGGCAAAAGCACUCGGUACUAGUGCUGAAGAAGAAUAUAAAGAAGGAUUAUCUGCCAUUGCCAAGGAUUUAAAUAGUGAAGUAGGCCUAUUAUUCACCAACAAAACACCAGAGGAAGUAAAGAAUUACUUUGACGAGUUUGUUCGACCUGAUUAUGCACGUUCUGGAGCGAUUGCUACAGAAACUAUCACUAUUCCUGAAGGACCCGUUAAACGCGGAGUGGAUCCUAUGCCUCACAAUAUGGAGCCUUUAUUAAGACAAUUGGGCAUGCCCACAGUAUUGAAGAAUGGUAUUGUUACCUUACUGGUACCCUAUACCGUUUGUAUGGAAGGAGAAACACUUUCCAGCAAUCAAGCACAUCUUUUGAAACUUUUUUAUCACCAGUUGGCCGAGUUCCGUGUGGAUUUGAUUAGUUGCUAUCAUAAUGGUCAAGUGCACUCCUUUGAAGAGUAAACUUUUUCAGUAUAUUUUUUAUCAGUAAACUUGUACACACAAGACUUUUCUAUAUUUAACCUUUUUUUAGAUUAUAUUUGUACGCGUUUCUUUUUUCUUUAUAUCAUAAUCAUUCCUCUCCAUUUGUAAACGUAACUAUGUUUCCUCUUUGCCAAUAAAUCAAUGCAGAAUGGACAUCUAAGCCACUGAUUUUGCUGAAUGCGAAUAAACCUUACCCCUUUUUUAUGCUGAUAUUC